AUGAUUGCUCUUACCACUAGACUUAAUGAAAGAGAUGAGACUAUUAUUUAAUUAUAAGAAGAAUUGGAGGCUUAUGAUAGAAUUCAUAGGGAAACAGAAGAGUCUCUAUAACAUAAAAUAAAUAGAGUUAAUUAAUUAGAAAAUGUAUUAAAAGAAGAAAAUGUUUAUUUCCCAAAAGAAGAAAAUGUAAGUUAUGUCUUUAGAAAGUUAUUAACACUAAAAUUAUGA